GGCCACCUGGGCAUCAUGCAAUGGCUGAAGAGUUUUCUGGAUACUGUUACUUCAAUAACAUAGCCAUCACAACACACAUUGCUUUAAAGAAAUAUAACCUUGAAAGAAUUCUGAUUGUUGACUGGGAUGUACAUCAUGGCCAAGGAACUCAAUUUGCUUUUUAUGAUGACCCAAGAGUGCUGUUUUUCUCCAUACACCGCUUUGAGCAUGGUGAAGAAUGGCCACACUUGCGAGAGUCUGAUUAUGACUAUAUAGGACAAGGAAAAGGAAAAGGCUUUAACGUCAAUGUUCCCUUAAAUGAGAUUGGUUGUGAUAACAGCGACUACCUUGCAAUAAUGUUCAAUGUACUGCUUCCUUUGGCCUAUGAGUUUCAACCUCAGCUGGUACUCGUUUCUGCUGGCUAUGACAGUGCUGUUGGAUGUCCUGAGGGCCAGAUGACUGUCACUCCAGCCUGUUUUGCUCACUUUGUGAACCUGUUGAAAACAUUAGCAGGUGGAAAAAUUGUUUUGCUGCUGGAGGGGGGUUACUGUGUAAGAACCCUGGCAGAGGCAUCUGCUCUUUCUUUGCGAGCUCUUUUAGGAGAUCCAACACCAAACAUAUCGCCUAUUACUGGAGCUAGGAAAAGUGUAGUGGAGUCUGUUCUAAACGUGAUCAAAAUGCACCGGGCUGUCCACCCUAGCCUGGCUUUUCAAGACACACAGCAAGAAGGAAAAGAAGUCGGCCACAGUUGGCAGACCUACUUGCCACCUGAGCAUAAUAUCCAGUGCAGAACAAAGUAUAAUCGACCAGAGCAGUUUCCUCUGAUGCAAGAAUGCUUUGAUGAAGUGUCAGAUGCUGUCCAACAACAAAUAAAUCAGCAAAUUGAGCAGCUUGAGCAAGAUACAAUCCUCUCAAGACCAGCCCACAGGACUGGUUUUCUUUAUUAUCAAGACUUACAUCAAAAUGGCAAAAAUGGAAGUGUUUGGGAUAAAGCAAACACAAAAGAACUACUAUCACGAUGUCAUGUGGUGCCAAUCACACAUGAUGACAAUAAAAACAGCAUGGAAGCAUGUGUCUCAUCUGCGAUAGAUGCUAUUUUGGAAAAUACAGUUGGAUCCUGCAUUCUUCUUCCAUGUGGAACUUAUUCUGAGGGGACAACACAGGAUCUGUGUUACACAUUUGCUAAUGCUCUUGAAGCUUGUAUACACAAAAAUUCUCAAAUUAAAAGAACCCUGGUUCUAAAUCUUGCAGUGGGUGAGGAUGAACCUUUACUGACCUCCUUUGCUGGUACUAAAUCCUGCAUGGUUGUCUUAUCUGUGGGGCUCAGUCCAGUUGAAAAAAGAGCCAAAGAUCCUAGCUGGAGGCACAUUAUUCAAGUUCCUCUGACCACUAGCCAGAUGAAGAAUGGGGACCUGAUUUCAGUUGGCCUACAGGUGUUGUUACCCAUUGCUUAUGAGUUUGCUCCUGAUCUUGUUGUCUUCUGCCUGGGAUCUUCAGAAAAAAAAAUCAGUCAGGCUGAGGGUCAGACAGACUUGACUUGCAUGGCUCACCUGCUGACAAUGCUGAACGGGUUAGCCAGGGGACGCAUGCUGCUGUUUGUGAAGCCAUCAGCAGAAGUACAAGAGUUUGGCGUUGUGAUGGACUGCAUUUCAGCAUUGCUGGGUGAUCCUCUCUCCAUUCUGCAGCCCUGUCUCCCCCAGCAAAGUACAGUUGAGGUGAUCAAGACACUGCAGGACAAAUACAAGUCAUCAUGGAGAACCCUACAGUUUAGAGAAAAGCUGCCCUCACCCAGGCAGACCCUAGAGGAAAGUGUCUAACAACUCUAUGAGACGUCUGUCACACUCAUGACAUUUAGGUUUUUAUUCUCUACAGGACUCAUAUCUCUUUCAUUAGGAGAAAAAGAGUUUUGUUUAAUGUUCACCAUGCACAUUAUGUGUAUUCCAAGUAAAGCUUAAUUUAUUUGUAGAUUGGUACUUGAUUUAUUCAUUCAUGAUGAAUGUGGUAGUUUUGUUGUAAAAGUUUGUUACUUAUUUCAUUUUCAAAUGAUACAUACAGAACUCUUGUUGUGCUAAAGAUCAUGACACUGUUGUUGUUAAGAACAUGUAGAAUUCUGUAGUCAUAUUCUAAUUCUAUUAUUUUAAGACAGUUGCAACUACUUAACGGAUUUUUAUGAACUGAAAGCAUUUCAUUGUUUAUUCUUUUCCUGUACAUUAUUUCCUUUUGGUGCUUGUAGUUUUUAAGCUGAAUUUUGCUGUACAUUUUUGAAACAACAAAAUAAGUACAUUUCCUUGAUCUGCCCUCAUGUUUAAUAUCUUGCAUUAGCUGUUAGCCAGUUAGACUGCGUGUGGAAAUCAUGCUUGCUUGUGAACAGUAGUAUUGCCAUUUGAUUAUGUUUUUUAUAUUUAUUUGUUUAUGGUGUACAAUAUUUUUUAUUCAGUUUUGAAUUCCUUAAGCUCAGUAAUAUUCACAACUGGAGAAGUGAAAUAGCAAAAAAAACCAUCAAAUAUAUGAUGCUGCUUGAUGCUGGUCUUCAGAAUUCUCAUCACAUUUCAAAAACAGCAUGAUGUUGUUCAAUACAUCUAGCCUACAAAUAAUGAUGUGAUUUUCUUACUUCUGAACCAGGACAGCCUAAUUUAAGAAUUUUAUUGUCAAAAUUUGUGUUUAUUCAUAUUUUUUAAGCAUUGAGGCACUUAUUGGUCCACACCAGAUGUUUUGUCCGUUCACUACUCUUUCUUAAUAAUUUUCCUUCAUUUCACUCAGGGAAUAAUAAACUGUCAUCUGCUCACUCUGUGGUAGUUUUAUUUUAGCUUUGAUGUAAAUAAUUGUAAGAUGUAACCAAAAUUGGACUAAAUAUUAGCUAACUCAGGAAUUGUAACUUGCGCCAUUGACAGUUUCAUACCAUGGGAAGCAAAAUAUCAAAUAUACUCCCCAAGUCUUUGUAACAAUAUUGAAAAUACUUGGCAGCAAAAUUGUUUUCUCAUUCAGCGAUCAUGUAUACUAGACUGGAUCAUGCAAAUUGGGUCAUGUAAACACAGGUGGGUUAUAUGAUAUUGUUCUUUUUACUACGAUUGAAAAAUCUUGGAUAUUUAUGUAUUUGUAAAGCCUGCUAAUGACCAUGUUACUUGUUGAAUGAACAUUUUUCUCAGAAAUUAUUGUGAGCAUCUUUCAAUCAUACUGAUGUAGGUUAUGGUUGUUAAAUAUUUCACAGGCUCUUACUGCUCAUAAACCAACAAGCAGAUGACUUCUUUGUAAUGUCCUGUUUCUGUUCCUAUACACAUUUCAGUAUGGCUUCUUACUGGAUGUAUAAAGUUAUGAUCACUUUUAAAAUAUUUAUUUCCUUUUUACAUGGCCUUUAGGAGCUGAUAUCAUUAAUUUUUGUUCUAUGCAUAUAAAACAAGUGGUUUUAGUUUUAUUUCAAAGCAAUAGUAAUUGCAGGAUGUAUUGUUCAGAUUUAGAUUUCAUUGUAGAAACCUAGUCAUCUCUGUUCUUGAUGAAAUUGUAAUUGUGAGCGUCGUUAAAAUCUUGCAAGAUUCUGGGCAAAGAUGUAGCCGAACUUCCAUUAUGCCCAUUCUUGUGAUCCUAGUGAAUGCUACUUUCUGGCCAACCUUGCAUUUUUUAAGCUGCUUUGGAGGGGAAAAUGGAAUCCCCUGCAUAUAUAACUUAUAUUUAACAUGCAUAACUUGUGUGAAUAUGCUUACUUUUAGUUUAUGAUUAAAGUGGGCUGGAUUUCUCUGAGGUAGAAUGGUGAAAGAGGUACUUGUAAUGCUGGUAAUAUGCCCCAUGAAGCAUCUCACCUUUUGUUUUUGGAGAGGUCUUUAGUAUGAAACUUGGUUGUGUAGGCACUUGUUUUAAAAGUAUUUUGAAAACAUAAAUAAUGUAUGUGUUGAGAGAAAUAUUGCCUGAUGGUUUCUUUUGCUUUAUUGUGAAACCGGUGCAUGUGUGUGGAUUUUUACAUUUUGUUGUCCCUCUGUCAAAAAUCUUUCAGUUUUGUGAAAGCAAAGUGGUUCUGGUCGUUACUUGAAAAUCUGUGUUCAUACUUCAGCGAUUGAAGAUAUUUUGACACUUAUAACGUGAUAAAAAUAUUUCAUGUGUUAUUCCUGAAACAACCUUUAACUCUUUCUGUCAGGGUGUGUGCAUAUGUAUGCAUGUAUGUGUUCAUUCAAGCAUGCAUUUGCACAGAAUCGAAGUACUCAGAUUUUGUAUUUCUUCUUGACUGCUGAGCAUCUUCAAUGUGUAUUUUUUCAGCAGUUUUGUAAGAUGCAAUUUUAUUUUGUUUAGAUAAUAACUUUAACCUUUUUUUUUUGGUGAAGGGGAGAUGACAAGGUUGACUGAAGGUAGGAUGAAACUCGUGUUACAUAGUUAUAAAUAUUUACAGAAUCCAAACCUUUUCACGGCCAUGACAUGCACUAGUCCAUCAUGUCAUGCAUGUGCAUUCUUUUUUAAAUUUUUUGGGAACUAAUUCUUUUAACAUGUGGAGAAGUGUCUGUGUUUUCACCCAUACUUUUGCUUAUUAGAUGUCCGUACUUAGCUUAGGGACUGUAAAGACUAACCCUGUAGUAGCAUUGGAAGGGGCCAUAUGGCAAAUCAGCCUGGGCCCCAUGGCGAAAGUGCAGACAGGCCUAAUAAGGGCCCCAUGUUUGUUUUACCUGGGAGGCGGGGGGAAAUGAUGUAGAUCCCAUUGAAUUAUUGAGAUUUUCUUCAGGUAUUUUGGCAUAUUCUGAUUUACAUUGUUUUUAAAUCAGGAUAUGCCCAAACAAGAUUUGUCUUGCUUCUUGUGUGGACCUUUGCUCUGACAUCUCACUUCAAGAUACAUGUUCUUCAAAAGUAAUUCACACAGUUCAGCAGUGGAUAAAGGAAAUAACCAUAAAUGGAUCUAUCUUAGAUCUUACACCCACCUAAUGUUGAGAUAAGCACGUUCUAGCCAGUUUACCAAGUGAAAAAGCUGUCUGAAAAAAAGGGACUUUCCAAUUCUACAACAUACAAUGGAAAAGCAAAUAUGCUAACAAUUUUAACUUUUUUCCCUACUUUUCGUAAACCAUGUAGGCCAAACAGCAGAACAAAAUUAUUCCUAAUCAUUGUUUAUGAAAUGGAAUAUCUGGAGCAGUGUUUUAUUAAUUAUCGAGAUUUUGAAGACAAACACUAGGGACUGGUGGCAUGCUUAGUCUGCAAUCAGCCACAAAAGGAAAGAGAUUUUUCUGGAUGUUGAAGUUGCAUUUUCAAAGUAUUGCCACAAAAUUCUCUUACUUAAAAGUCCAUGUUUUUAUUUUUUAAAACAAACUUUGCCACAUAUCCUGGUGAGGACUUUCGGUUGUGCAGUGGUUAAAGCACUCACUAGUCACCACUGCAGAUAUAGGUCCUGGGUUCAGCUAUUGUCUUGGGACAUUCUCUGUAUGUGGCAUUUGUUUGCAGGGCCGGUUGUUGGCAAUUUAUUCUUGGCCCUCCAGUUUCCUUCACCAUCCCUCUUCCCUCAGAGCACAAAAUUACCUCUAGGGGGAUGCACUUUCUUGCCAAACAACCAACCAUAUCCUUGUGUCUCAUUUGAUCUACUGGAUACUGUUGUAUUAACUACUGAUGUGUUUAAAUGUAUGUUUCAAAAUGGAUACAAAGUUUUAAACUUGUGUUAUUAUUGAAUCUUGCAAAUUUUGACUUAUCUGCCCAUUCUUUUCUGCUUGGUACAUGUGAAGUAACUGGUUAUGAUCUGUUUUGGUUUUGUAAACAAUUUUAAUUUUAUUUUUAAGUAUUUGUUAUAGUUAAAUACCUUGCUUUGUUUAAUUUGUUUUUUUCUGAUAUCAAAUACUGUAAGUUUAUGACAACUUAAUAGUUGUAAUAUUCUCGCUUGCACAAGUUUAUGCAACGUUCGCAUUUUUAAAGUCAAAUAAAAAUACUGACAAUAUUUCAGAUCUGUGUCAUUUAUUACAUUGCAAAAGAUAUCUCUUCAAGGAGUCCUCACAUUGUGACUGACAAGAAUAAAUGAAUCGAUAACCUAUUUUCAAAAAUAUAAUGGACAGCACAAUUCCAUAAGCUAUAUUUUAAGCUGGUAUUUCAGAAGAAAAAAA